UAUCAUAACCAAAUUCAGUUACAUGUAUGUUGUUAUAACCAAAUUCAGUUACGUUGCUUUACCCAAAUUCAAUUACGUUGCUUUAACCAAAUUCAGUUACGUUGCUUUAACCAAAUUCAGUUAUGUUGUUUUAACCAAAUUCACUUAUUUUAUUGUUAUAACCAAAUUCAGUUAUGUUGUUUUAACCAAAUUCAGUUAUGUUAUUUUAACCAAACUAAGUCUAUUGUUAUAACGAAUUUCAUUUUACUGUUAAAACCAAAUUUAGUUUAUUGUUAUAACCAAAUUCACUUAUGUUGUUUUAACCAAAUUCACUUAUGUUGUUUUAACCAAAUUUAG